UGGGGGGCGGCGGAGCGGAGGAGAAGGAGCUUCGUUGGGUUUGGCCGCCCCCGUUUUGUCUAGGCUUCCUCUCUUGGAUCGCUUGCCUGCAUUGUCCUGUGGAUCCUCUCCAGCAGACAGAGACCCUUCCGGCCAUGGCUCCCUCCUCUCGGCCUAGCCACAAGAACAGACCCAGCCGGGAGGACGAGGAUUCAGACGAGACGCGGGGAGACAGGAAGGCGAGGAAACCACUGGUGGAGAAGAAGCGCCGGGCGCGCAUCAACGAGAGCCUCCAAGAACUUCGGCUGAUCUUAGCAGACACGGAGUUCCAGGCGAAGAUGGAGAAUGCCGAAGUGCUGGAGCUUACAGUGAAGCGGGUCCAAGGCAUCCUCCAGAGCAGUUUGCCUGAUGAUGACAAGCUACAGCGAGAGGCCAGCGAGCGCUUUGCAGCUGGAUAUAUUCAGUGCAUGCAUGAAGUUCAUACUUUUGUCUCCAGCUGCCCUGGGAUUGAUGCUACCAUUGCAGCAGAGCUCUUGAAUCACCUUCUGGAGUCUAUGCCCUUGAAUGAAGGCAGUUUCCAGGACUUGAUUGCAGACGUCUUGUCGGACCCCUCAAUCAGCCAGUGGCCAAGCAGUGAUGGGCAACCCCAAACACCUGGGGCAUCCCCUGGAGCUUUAAACCUGCCCAGUCUUACUUCACCUCUUCCUUCACCUUCCUCAAGUGAAGACGUUUGCUCUGAUCUGGAAGACACAGAGACUGAACAAAGCCACACCUCUUUGGAUGGACUGGACAGGUCUAGGACACCAAAUGUGCCUUCCUCCAGCCUGUCCAAAUCUGUGUGGAGGCCUUGGUAAUAAACUGCACAGGAACCAACGAAGACCUACCUAAUAGGGAGAAUACUUGAGCACUGUGUUCUUCUAGCCACUGGAAUAGAGACGGUGAGGAUUUCAGAUGGUGCAUUUGUGUCGUACAAUUACGGUAUUUCAGGACUGUAUAGAUGGCACUAUUCCACUGUCAAAUCCUGACAGGCUAAAUAGGUUAAUGACUUACUAUUACAUUUGUGUGUGUGAGGGAUGAGUUUUGUAAGUUUUAUUAAAAAAAUAUUUUAGGGAUGUGGGGUAAAAAGGGACGGAAGUGUGUGCAAGUAGAGUUCUUUUGUUGAUGCACCACAAUGUUUUUGCAACUUACCUGUUUCCUCUUUUUGUUUUGGCCCUUAUAAGUGGCCCGAUAUGUCACUCACUACCUUUGGGUUGUUUUUUUUGGGGGGGGGGGAGACUUUGUGCAUUUGAAAACCUGGUGGUUUAAUCCAGUGAGAGGGAUGUUAAGCAUUUGUGCUUAAAACUCCAAAUGUUUUAGUGAUAGCAUUAAAAAAAGGGAAAUCCCUAAAAGGGAUUGAUGAGGCUAGUCUCUUGAUGAGUUUAGUGGUCUAGGAUCUCUCCUUCAAUGAAGGAAAAGAAAACUAGAAGCCAGACUGGAAUAGGUGAGCAUUUAAAAUAUUGGUGGCAGGGUGCCUUUUAGAAACAUGUCUUGUGCACAUUUUCUAGCACAUUUGAAUUUAUUGUGGUAUGUAUAUUAGCUUGUCAAAUGUUUAUUUUAAUCUUUUUAAAGAAAACAAUAAAAGCAACUAAAUUCACCAAUGA